AUGCACCAAGGCGUCCUCCAUGAAGCCAAGGUUCAGCCCUAUGUUUUCCUCCCGGCUGCUCGAAGCUCACUUUCAGAGCUGCGUCGACGAACUGCCAUACGAGCCGUCACACCCGGUUCAUCCUCCGGCUGUUGCCGGCCGCAAAGUACAGAAAUUGGAGCUCAGGUUCUUCUUCUCACCGGCAGAAGAACGAGCAGGGGAGCUCCGGGCGGCAGCACGAGCAGGCCCGUCGGGGAAGAGCAGCAACUUGCAGACGAGCAGCAGAAGAAGCUCGAGGUUGAGGAGGGGCUUGAGUCCCAGGCCCGCCUGGAGCUCCAGGUCCAGGCACUCGAGACCCAGGCGUGCGCAGGUCCUGUGCGGCGCCGGCGCAGGCCCUGGGCGGCGGGAGGGAUAGCAGCGCAGCCCUGGGCGGCGGGAGGGGAUCGCGACGCAGCCCUAGGCGGCGGGAGGGAUCACGGCUGGAGAGGAUGGCAGCGGAGCAGCGCCCUUCAGCAGUGGAGCCGCCGCCCGUCGAGGUGGUCGCCGCGGAGGAGCAGGUGGACGGCGCGGCGCAGCUCGCCUCCAUGCGGGCGACACAGCUCGCCUCGGGCGGCGCAGCUGGGCAGGGCGGCGAUGGUUCACAGCGGCGGCGCAGGCCCUGGCCGUCGUCACGUGCUCGGCCUUAUGGUGGGUGCCGACGGUGACGCGGGCGACCACGGUGUGCGUCGGCGACGAAGAAAGGAGGAAGAAGCAGCGGGGUCUGAUUAGCAAGAGAUUUGAAGCUAGAAGAGGUUUUCUGCAAAAUUGUAAAUGAACUAAGCAGUGGACAACUAUUUCCGGACGGAGGGAGUACAUACAAAGGUGUUCACGAGGGGAAGAAAACCACACAUGCCGGGCUGCCUCAAAGAAGUGGAAUAGCCUGCGCGAGCUGUGCGCCCGCAUAAGGCCCCUAAAUUGGGUCCAAAUUCCUGUAUAAUUUGUUUUUUUUCAAAAAAUUCCUGUAUUAUUAUCCUUUUUUAGCAUCCUGUAUUAUUAUUCCUUUUUCUAGGAUUCAUGUAUUAUUAUUCCUUUUUUUAAGAGAGAACAACACACUUUAUUUUAUAUCAUAAUGUUUUGAGGAA